GCCAAAUUAAAGUUCCAUAUCCAGAAUCCUAGUGCAGCUGAACUGGUGCAUUUUCUCUUUACCCCGCUACAUAUGGUGGUACAGACAACAGGAGGUCCAGAGCUGGCUAGUACAGUGCUCAGCCCCCUCUUAACAAAAGAUACAAUAGAUUUCCUGCGAUAUACUGUUACCAGUGAAGAAGGACAGUUAUGGAUGUCAUUGGGUGACACGUGGACCAAAGCCAGGGCGGAUUGGCCAAAAGACCAUUUUAUUCCACCCUAUGUCCCCCGUUUCCGAAACGGUUGGGAGCCUCCUUUGCUGAACUUCAUGGGAGCUCCAAAGGAGCAAGAACUCAAUCAUUUGGCUGAAUCUGUGGCAAAUGUUGCAGAGCAACAGCGGAAGCAAGAAAUGAAAAGACUGUCAACUGAGCCUCCCAGCAUUCCCGACUACCCUCCGUCCGAUGGGUAUGCAUUCAGUAACACAGUUUACAAACGAGGGCCACUGCUGGACCAGGGGGCGGCUGUCGCUGCCUUUAAGCAAACUGUUAGCCGACAUGUAGAUAGAAACUAUGAAGCACACAGUAAAGCACAGGCCAAGAAAUAUGCCAAAUGCAAGUAUGAAUUUAUGGCAAGAAACAACAGUGAGCUUUCUGUCAUGAAAGAAGAGAUUGUAGAGAUUCUGGAUGACAGAAAGCAGUGGUGGAAGGUUCAGAAUAAAAGCGGCAGCACAGGCUUUGUGCCAAACAACAUUUUGGACCCUCUGAGGAAUCAUGAAGGAGGUCUAGGAUGGUCAGAGCCUGCAUAUACCCGCACCAUCCAGAAACAAAGGACAGACUAUGUUGCAAAACAGCCUGAUCCGGUUCCUGCUACUCCUUCACCGCCUCCAACGCCUGCUCCUGUCCCCAUGGCUGUCCCGCUCCCUCCCAGCGCACCAGCACCGAUACCGGUUCCCGUGCCCAAAGCGCCAGCAACCAUCAGCCGCCAAAGCAGCACCUCCAGUGACAGUGGUGGUAGUGUUGCGCGAGACACCCAGAGGCAGAAGCAAAUUCCUGUGGAUCGCAGGAAAUCACAGAUGGAGGAGGUGCAGGAUGAACUUGUCCACCGGCUCACCAUCGGCCGGAGCGCCGCUCAGAGAAAGUUCCAGGUGCCACGACCAAACAUCCCAGUUGUCAACAUCACUUACGACUCUUCACCGGAGGAUGUGAAAGCAUGGUUGCAGUCCAAAGGAUUCAACCCUGUGACUGUUAACAGCCUCGGUGUGCUGACGGGUGCUCAGCUUUUCUCCCUUAACAAAGAGGAACUGAGGACUGUUUGCCCAGAAGGGUCUAGAGUCUACAGCCAAAUUACGGUACAGAAAUCUGCCUUGGAGGCUAACAGUGGCAGUUCAGAACUGCAAGAAAUUAUGAGAAGACGACAAGAAAAAAUCAGUGCAGCUGCCACAGAUUCAGGUGUGGAGUCCUUUGAUGAAGGAAGCAGCCACUAAAUGUGUUUCUCCUUUUCUUUAAUUCUGUUGUCCAUAGCAUUACACCAUCCAGCUUUGCUUUAGGAAGCAGUGAAGGGAAAUGUCGUAGUAUAUUGUAAACGUAACUAGCCACCACAAAGAAAAUUUACAGUAGUCUCCACAGAAGUAGCUGCUGCUGGCUUCUCAUCAUUAAAAAUGACCAGAUGAGAAAUACCGUGGAGGUUCCUGACAGGUGAAACUGUUGGCCCACGAUUCAUUUACACCUGAAGAUGAGUCGUGGCUUUAUGGAAUUAUCAUGACAGAUAGACUGGAACACAUCUUUGUGAUUCAUCUGAAGGAAGCUGAGGCAGCAAUAAAAAAAGCAUUUGACCCCUUCACUAAUAACGAGAUUCCGAAUCCAAUCUCUUGCUGUAGUGUGCAAUUACAUCUUUUGGGCUCAGUCUUUCAUGUCAUGCAUUUGGCUGCAGGAUGUUUACUUAAGUGGUUGAUGCCAG